UCAGUACUCGUAGUGUAAUAAUUGCGAUUCUUUUAACAGUGUUUAAUUUUAGAAUUUUUAUUAAAAUUAAAAAAAUGCAUUUAUUUAUUUUGUUUUUCAAUCACUUUAGUUCGACUUUUAACAUUUAUUAAAAUUAAAGUAAAUUUAAGAUAUUAAAUUCAAUAUAGUUGGUGUUUUACUGUAAUACAGUAUGGAAACUCAGAAUAAUUGGAAGUACAUGGCAUUUCUUGUUUGUGUCUUUGCAGUAAUUCGAGAAAUAAGACCCAUCGAACCGUUCUUUACGUCAUUUUUAGUAAACUCUGGUUUCACGUUGGAACAGGUCAAUGAAAAAAUCUACGCUGUAGGUACUUAUUCAUGUUUAGCAUUGGCCCUAGUGAUACUUCUGGUGACAGAUUACUUUCGAUACAAACCAUUAAUCGUAGCAGAUGGAAUAGCUGGAGUAUUUACAUAUGCACUUCUACUGGGAUCCCCUAGCAUUGAGAGAGUGAGAGUAGAGCAAAUUUUUUUUGGAUUUUUUUAUUCGUCUGAAGUAGCAUUCGCAACGUAUUUGUAUGCCAAGGUCAACGACAAACAGUACUAUCAAAAAAUUACUAGUCUUGUGAAAGCGUCCACAUUAUUUGGCAGAUCUUUGUCAGGACUAAUUGCGCAAAUUAUCGUGUCCAUGCAUAUUUUAAGUUAUCAUCAUCUACUGUACAUCAGUAUAUUUUGUACUUCAUUUGUAACUAUAUGGGCAUUAUUCUUGCCGAGAGUUACAACUAGUGUUUAUUUCCACAGAAAUAAUACUGUAGAUAAUGCUCCAAAAGAUUUGAGAAUUGCAAACGAUAAAACUCCCAUAAAAAUAUUUAUUGCAUCUAUUCAAAAUGACGAAAAAAAAAUAAAAAAAACAGCUACAUUAAAUGAAGUUCGAAUUAUGCUUUUUAAUGAUUUUAAGUCUGCAUUUAAGAAUAAUUAUGUUGCGAAGUUAUGUUUUUGGUGGAUUUUAUCACUUUCAGGUUAUCUUAUAGUUGCUACUUAUAUGCAAGUAUUAUGGGAAGAUGUCGCCAAAGAAAAUAACAGUACCCAGGAUCUAAUGAACGGUGCUGUAGAAUCCGUCCAUACGUUAUGUGGCGCAGCUGGAGCCUAUGCAGUAGGUCACGUACAAUAUGAGUGGAAAAAAAGAGAUAACAUUUUAUUUGCGAUUGGAUCAAGUAUAAUGGCUUUACUGUUAUAUACUUUGUAUUACAGUCAUAAACUUUUGAUUCUUUACGUGUUUUAUGUUUUGUACGGCGUCAGUUAUCAAAUAAUAUUAACUGUAACCACGGCUGAAGUUGCUAAAUGUAUAAAACCCGAUAGUUAUGGAUUAAUUUUCGGAUUUAAUCUUUUUAUGUCGCUGUUAAUUAUUUCAAUAUUUACUUUAAUCUUUAUUCAAGGUGUAAUAUUCGUGGUCGGCACAAGAAACCAGAUAUUAACUAUAGCGUCAUUACAUACAAUAAUAGGAGUUUUAUUUUUCAUAAUGGCUGUAAAAAAAUUGUUCAAAAAGACUGAAUCUUAAUUAAUUUGUAAAACUUACAUGUGAUUUCGAUUAAAUGUGUUAUAAUUAGUGAUUACCUAGUUCAUGAAAUCUAUUUUAAAUAAAUAAAAUUCAUUUUGAAAAUA